AUGGCACAGGAGGCGGAUGCAAAGGACGAUGAAUCGAACACACUCCACAUAGUACUACUUCGCCGAACUACGAAAACAGUUUCCGAGUGCCCAUCACAGAUUCACCAUGUCCCAGUGUCCCAAGCAACAUUUAAGCAGAUCACCGAGUCAUUCCACACGCAUCGGGCUCUAGCUCGAAUAAUCACUCGCAAGGAUACAGAGUUUCUCUAUUGUCUACAGGUGAACGAUAGCUUUGAGCCAGAAAGACUAGUUUACAACUACCGCACUAGCGCAACAUGGCCUAACGACGUUGCGGUCUCUGUAACUCAUGAUCCGAAGUUCCGAUCCACGACAGCAAUCUUCUUCGGACUAGACGAUAGCCAAGAGCACACGCUGAUGGAGAGGAUGAAGGAUUCACUAGAUGAUUUCUACCACCCCCUCGCACUAGUCGGUGCGGUGUGCGAACUCGAGCGCGAUAGACUGGUCACAGAGCAUGCUCGUCCCAUGGAGGGCAGAUACCUCGAGAAGAAUCUAGAGUGGAGUUCCGGUAGCAGCGAGAGCCUGGCAUCCGGCUCAGAAACCGAGACAAUGGAGGAUGUUCUCGGCUUGCGCUUCGACUCGAGCUUUCUCUUGACCGGCUUGACAGCUGCCAGGCGGCAACUUUCGAGAAUAGUUGAGCACAUUGAGAAAUUACGCAACGACGACGAGAUGGCUGUAUUCAUGAGAGGUGCCAGGUGUUGGGCGAGCAAGGAGAUCAAGACCGGGAGCGGAGACGCGGACCGGAGUAGGCAGCUCAGGCACACAGCCGAGCGACUUCAACAGCGUCUCAACCAGAUCUCCGACGAGUUCGAGAUGAAACUUGAUAGCGUCCGAACCUCUAUGGAGGACAUGAUGGCCACAACCCAGGUGGUCAUCAGCCGCAUAGCCCGGCAUGACAACCAGAUAAACAUGGCGAUUUCUGUGGCCACAAGACGAGACAACUCUCAGAUGCGGUCGAUUGCCUUCGUGACGAUGUUUUAUCUCCCUCUCACGAGUAUUGCUACAAUUUUCUCCAUGAAUGUGUUCAACUGGGACGCAAAGGACGGGGAGAAUCUCAUGACGACACACUUUUGGCUUUACUUGGCGGUUGCCGGGGUCUCGACGGUUCUCACUCUUGGGCUGUGGGUUUUUUACACUGGAAUGCGAACGAGAUUGUUUUCGAAGAAGAAGGAUGAGGAAGCAGCUGAGGCUGGGUCACCAACUACGUAG